UCCUCCAGUAGUCGCUUCACCAACUAGGAAGCGCACAGUCACCGCUUCAGGAUCCGCGCGCACCGACCGACCGACCGACCGACCGGCCCCGGAGCACUUCUGUCUUUUUCUCCGCAUACAUUAUUCGGUACCGGGCCGUCCGUGUGUAGAUGUAGACGGUACAUCAGUACAGCUCACAGUGGGAGACUCUGUUGUCGCCUUUGCGCCAUGGAGGACUGCUGUUCCCCGGAAAGCGAGAGGAUGGAAGCGUGGCUGGACGACCACUUGGAGUUCACCCACUCCUACUUUAUCAGGAAGGCGUCAAGGGAGAUGGUGAAUUCCUGGUUCGCUGAGCGCGUCCACUCCAUCCCGCCAUCUGCCUCCAAAGAAAAUCCUCCACAGCAGCGGGCCCACCAGUCCUCCACAGACCCUGGCCCCCCAUCUGCCCCCACCAUCCUCCCGCCCACCCUCAGCCUCCUGGACAACCGCUGCCCGUCCCCGGCCACGGUCCCCAGCCCGGCCCCCGGCACCCCGACUCGCAAAAUCUCCGCGUCAGAGUUCGACCGCCCACUCAGACCCAUCGUGGUUAAAGACUCUGAGGGCUCUCUGACGUUUCUGAGUGACGCUGACCGCGGGACUGACUCACUCUGGGGCUCAGUGAUGGGUGAGGGUGGUGUUGGUGGGGGAGGUAAUGGAGGUGGAUGUAGCAGGGCGGGUAGUGGCAGCGGGGGUGACCGCUGCACCAGGCUGCUGGAGCUGGUGAAGGAUGUGUCGAGUCAUCUGGACGUGACAGCACUCUGCCACAAGAUCUUCCUCCACAUCAACGAGUUGAUCGCUGCAGACCGCUACUCACUGUUCCUGGUGGGCGAGGACAGCUCCAACAGGAAGUUCUUGGUCAGCCGCCUGUUCGAUGUAGCCGAGGGAUCAACACUGGAGGAGUCCUCCAGUAGCUCCAUCCGGCUAGAGUGGAACAAGGGCAUUGUGGGACAUGUAGCCGCCACGGGACAGCCGCUCAAUAUCAAGAACGCUUACGAGGACCCCAGGUUCAAUGCUGAGGUGGACCUGAUCACAGGUUACAAAACCCAGAGUAUCCUUUGCCUUCCCAUCAAGAACCACAGAGACGAGGUAGUUGGAGUGGCUCAGGCUAUCAAUAAAAAAUGUGGGGAGGACGGUGCCUUCACUGACCAGGACGAAAAGGACUUCUCAGCCUAUUUGGCCUUUUCAGGCAUCGUCCUGCACAACGCUCAGCUCUACGAGACAUCGCAGCUGGAAAACAGACGCAAUCAGGUGCUGUUGGACCUGGCCAGUCUGAUCUUUGAGGAGCAGCAGUGUCUGGAGGUUUUACUGAGGAAGAUUGCAGGAACCAUCCUGUCCUUCAUGCAGGCCCAGGCUUGUACCGUCUUCAUCGCUGACGAAGACUCCAUGAAUUCCUUCUCCAGUGUCUUUCACAUGGAAUACGAGGAGCUUGGUGAAGUCCUAGACGCCCCCAAAAGGGACUGUGAUGUCAGUCAGAUUAACUACAUGUACGCCCAGUAUGUUAAAAACACCAUGCAGCCUCUCAACAUUGCAGACGUCACCAAGGAUCAACGCUUCCCCUGGACAAGUGAAAACCCAGAUCACACCCGCACCCAGAUAAAGAGUUUGCUCUGCACUCCAAUCAGGAAUGGCAAGAAGGACAAAGUCAUAGGUGUAUGUCAGUUGGUGAACAAGAUGGAUGAAGCAUCAGGCAGUGUGAAGGCCUUCAACAGGAACGAUGAGCAGUUCCUGGUGGCAUUUGCCAUCUUCUGCGGUCUUGGCAUCCAGAACACACAGAUGUACGAAACAGUGGAGAGAGCCAUGGCCAAGCAAGAGGUCACUCUGGAGGUCUUGUCAUAUCACGCCUCCGCUGCAGAGGAGGAAUCGCGGGAACUCCAGGUAACCGCGGUAGCCACAGUGCCGUCAGCCCAGUCGUUGUGUCUUCUGGACUUCAGCUUCAGUGACUUUGACUUGUCAGACACUGAAACCACGCUGGCUACUAUCCGCAUGUUUGUCGACCUCAACCUGGUCCAGAACUUUCAGAUGAAGUACACGAGUUUAUGUCAGUGGAUUAUGAGUGUGAAGAAGAACUACAGGAAGAAUGUGGCUUAUCACAACUGGAGACAUGCUUUCAACACCGCACAGAGCAUGUUCGCCCUCCUCAAGUCAGGACGCUUACAGAAUAACCUGAGCGAUGUGGAGGUCUUGGCUCUGAUGAUUGCCACUCUCAGCCAUGACCUGGACCACAGAGGAGUCAACAACUCCUACAUACAGAGGAGCGACCAUCCACUGGCCCAGCUGUACUGCCACUCCACCAUGGAGCAUCACCACUUCGACCACUGCCUCAUGAUCCUCAACAGCCCCGGAAACCAGAUCCUGAGCGGCCUCUCCCUGGACGAGUACAAGACCACUCUGAAGAUGAUUGAGAGGGCUAUUCUGGCCACUGACCUGGCCCUGUACAUGAAGAGGCGCGGGGAGUUCUUUGAGCUCACCAAGAACAGCCAGUUUGUUUGGGAGGACGAACAUCACAGAGACUUACUGAGGUCAAUGCUGAUGACUGCAUGCGACAUCUCAGCCAUCACCAAACCCUGGCCAGUGCAAAAAAGGAUUGCGGAGCUGGUAGCCACUGAGUUCUUCGAACAGGGGGAUAAGGAGAGACGCGAGCUGAACAUUGAGCCCAGUGACCUGAUGAAUCGUGAGAAAAGAGAUAAGAUUCCUAGCAUGCAGGUGUCCUUCAUUGAUGCCAUCUGCACCCAGUUAUAUGAGACCUUGGCUGGCAUGUCGGAGUAUUGCUCCCCGUUGUUGGAAGGAUGUCAGGAAAACCGCCAGCAUUGGAAGCGUUUGGCUGAGGAGUGCGAGAAGGGGCUGGUCAACGGCUUGAUGUGAUUCCAACACCAGUUUGGUUUUCAGCCAACACAAAUUUCCAGGGUUCGCCCUGUCCAACCAGGUCUCACAAAAUUUCAUGAAAUUAACAUGAUAUCUAAAAGGUCAAAUAGCAUGCUUUGUGCACAGAAGUGGCCAAAAAAAUUAAAUAUUCCCUGCCAGAAAAAGAUUGUGGUGAAAAAAAACUACAUAAAGGUUUGACAGUGAAAGGGCAGAUACACAUGCCUUCAACUUUAGCAACCUUAGAGCAGGUUCAGGUCCCAACUUAUGCCAAGAGUGUUUCUAACACUUAAAGAAUAAUUAUGGUUACAACUUUGGUCUUGUUUUCCUAUGUCUGUCCAUCCGUCCUAUCUGUAAUACAGUUGUACUCAACAAGUGAAUUGCUCAGAUUGGGAAAUGCAGCAGCAUCACUAAACAAGACUGAGAGCUAUGCUAGCAGUCAGGCUUUAUUUAGGCACAGCGGUGCUUUGAGCUGAAUGCUAACAUAAGCAUGCUAACAGGUCCACAAGGACAAUGUCAGCAUGCUGAUCUUUAGGGUAGAGUGGUGAGGUACUGUAAAAUGUUCCCUGUGUCCACCAUCUUAGUUUAGCAUGUUAUCACACAAAAAUUUGCUAAUUAGCACAAAGUACAGCUAAUAAUAAUGGGAAUGUCAUUGUUUUUGCAAGCAUUUAGCCAUUAACCAAACUAUUGCUAGAGGAAACAUAAGGGGAUCAGCAAAGUAAUAAGAAUGAAUCUUCUGGGAACCAUGAAUGUCUGUACAAAUUUCAUUUCAUUUCAAUCUAUCAAGUAGAUGUUGAGCUACAGUAGGGCCUAUAUCAGUGGGGACCAAAGUGGUGGCUGAAAAUGUGGUGCAGUCAGCCAACCUGUAAGCUGUCCGUGUUGUUAGCUCUUUUUCAGUGGUGACCUAGAAGACAGCAAACUUACACGUCUGUAGUUCAGUGCAAUGAGGGAUUAUUAUCAACAUUUUGAGCUGUGAUCACUUUGGAGUUUUCUCCAAAUAAAGUGGUUUGGAUAAUCUGGCUAAACUCUUGGCUUGUUUCAAACCUUUCUGAUCAUCUAACAGCUCAUUUCUUGCUCUGCUGGACUUUGUUAUGGCAAUGUCACCAUGUUCCCAGGUCUCAGCAAUCACAUCAUAACAGAUAGAAAUGAUGGCCAAAUCUACAAAAAUAAGACCCAAGUUGUCAUAUCCCUUAACAUAAAACCUUAAACAAAUUGUCUUAAUUUAACUGUUAGCCAGCUCCCAUGACAAACAGGUGAGGAUGACGUGCAAUGUUGUGUUAAUAACAUAAUAAUGGUUCAGAGUCAUGCUCAUUUCGCCAAACUUUGUGAGACUUGUCUUCCUGUCACCAUUCUUUCAAGGCUUUCACUCACCAGAGGAAAUAAUAGUCAGCACUAAGCUAUAUACCAUUUUUAUUUUUGCACAGAGUGGCUUUCAUCUUGAAGUCUCACCUGCACUAUCUCUCACAGGUAGUGAAAUGUAGGGGAGCACUGAAUGGUAAGAAGUAGAUCCCUGGGGAUCAGCACCAUUACAGUGAGAUACAGAUAUUGUACUUACUAUGUACUUUACAUAAUGUCACAAUAAUCUGAUGAGCUUGUUAAAUGUCUUCAUUCACAGCACACACACAUUACAAGGGUUUGAGUCUUUUGUAACAUUUUUUUCACUCAUUGUCUUAACUAUUGCAUAUUUAUUUUGUUUUAUAUAUUUAUUAGAGUUUCUAUAUUGUAAGGUAAUCCUUUUAUCAAGAGCACACAAUUCUUUAUAUAGCAAAUGUAGUUUUCAUACUUUAAAAAAUCCCAUCUCUGCUUUUUUGAAGGACCUUUCUUUGUAACAACUCUUUCAGACGACAUUUGGAAAUGUACUGUAUUGUGUCAUUUGAAAUUUUGUUUUGUUUUGAAAAUGUAAAAGAGCCAAAGACUAGGCCUGCAAUUUCACAGGGAAAUGGGUCUAGAAUUUUCCACUGCCUUGUUGUGAUAAAAUAGGACCAAUUCACAAUUUAAAAAAACAAACUUUUUAUUUGUCCAUAUGCUUUUCCCCAGUGAGAGGCUGUUUUUUACAUCCCAUUUUUAUAAUUGAAUGAUGGAGCAAUGUUUGCGUCAAAUUGCGGGCAGCCUGACUAGACUGUGUUUGACUGAUUCAAUACUUUGACGUCACUUGCGUUUCAGCCAACAAGAGAACAUAACUGUAAUUUGCUGAAAACCAACCAAUAUGAUGGCACAGGGAUGUCAUUGAGCUCUGGUACACUAAAUGAUUCAAAUUCGACUUGCUGAUCAGCAAAUAUACAUCAUGACUUACACUUCAAUGAUCAAGCUAGUCUGGCGGAAUUGAUGUACAAGAAAUUCACUAAGAGUGAAAAGACUGGGCCAAAGAGUUCAGCCGGGUUCAGUCGGGUUUGUACUUUUACUGCAAAGCCCGAUUGUGAAAUGAAAUUUGGUGAGAAGCUCUCUCCAUAUAAAAGAGUUCGGAAUGUUCCAGGGCUAUAUGCUGACACAGAUUCUUUAAAGGUUAAAAUCACACAAUCACAUGGAGCAGAAAGCCCUGCUGCACUGCUGUCCAAUGGGUAAAACUUUCGGGUAUAUUACAGUUCUGGUGGCCAAACGUUUUCAGCCCAUAGAGCAGUGGUUCCCAACAUAGUCAUGACCCCAAGAGGUCCCUAGAGAGAUCUGAGGGGUCACCACCACUGAAUGAGUAAAGGGAUACGACAGAAAAAAAGAGUCUGUAAUACAAAGCUAUACACACUACCGCUCAAAAGUUAGGAGUCACCUGUUGUAUUGAUGGUUUUCUUCUUUCCUUCAGUAAUGGCUGUUUUAACAUAGAUAAAAGAUAGAAUAGAUAGAUAAAAACUGUAUAAUAAUAAUACACCAAAUGUAUUAUUUACAUUUGAAAGAGUUGUAGAAUAAUUAAAUGACCCACAGUGUUGCAUGACAGGGGAGAAUACUGUUGGAACCAUUUUUUCCCCCAAAUACUUGUUUUCCAGUCCAGAAGUGCGUAAGUGACCUGAGAUCAUUUUUGAACCACAUCUGUGCAACUGGGCUGUAAAUAUUUUGGGAAGCCGUUUUUCUUUGGGCCCUCUGCAGUCUCCUGAGUGGUUAGACUGAAUCGGUUUAAACUGUGAUUUGUCCGUCCACAGUAUGUUCAGCUGCUGUUCUGUGAUCCAGUUCCAGCAGUGUUAACCCUGGACUAACCUGCUGUUUCUAUUUGAAGUUUUAAGAAAAGCUUUGCUAAAGCAACACUCCUGUUAAUUGCAGCUUGUUAGAGGCAUUAUUGUGCUUUGACACUGAAACAGGAACCUGUUCCUGUUUAAAUCUGCACCGAUUUUAAUGCUCAGCUUCCAGUUUCUUUUACCAAUGACUGCUCAUUUCUUCUAGUCUUAUUGAACUGUUGCUCAGAGGGAACUUUGUCUCUUUCUGCCCUUUCAGUUGUCCCUUCAUACAAAAUAACAUCUAUUUGUAAAGAGGUAUUCCUCUGAGCCUUCUGAAUGUAUCGAAUCGAAGUUUUUGUGGCAGGCGACUCCAAACUUCUGCGUGGUAGUGUAUAUUUUCACUAUUCAACAAGUUGUUUUUUGUUGUGAAAUACAGGCCAAAUCCUUCGAAUGAAACUAUUGGAAAAAGAAAUCGCUCCUUGUAGAACUGCUCUCAACACGUGUCCACACUUGGACUGCGUAUCAUAAAUUUUUGAUGCUAGUGCCAAUACCAGCAAACUCCAGUGGGAUGAAAAAGGUGACAGUUCUGAGAAUAGGGCCAAACUACUUGCUUUGUGCUGCACCGCUUUCAGUGUGCUGCCGCUGGGCCAAAGCUAAAGUAGUUAGAGGAACUACACACUAAACUUUUACACAAUCACAGAAAUUCUUAUUGGCAUGUGAUGUUAGUACAGGUGAUAUUUCCAACAAAAUUCAUAUUUUGUAAUAAAACAACUUGUUUUUUCAGCUCAAAAGUAGCUUGUAUGUGAAAGUUGAGUUACUGAAGUUAAACAGCAACAUUCAAGUUACAGCAAAGGUUUUAUGACAAACGUGAGGUCCAGCAGGGUCCGGCCUUAAGUACAACGUGUCCGCCCAGGCGGCGGCGGACACCAGAUGCACAACAAGAAUUGAAGGUUUAUUAUAAUGAAGAUGUUGGUUGUUUACUCUUGCACAUUCAAUUGCCAUCAUUCGGUUCACUUUACACACUUCUAAAACCUUCAGUGCUCAGUACGCACAGUAACAGGGGCCACCCAGGUGCGUGCCCCGUCUUAACUAAAGCACUUCUGUAGACGCACAUGCUCAGAAGGCUCAUUUUUAAUCUGUGGUUGUGUUUUGAACUUUGAAUAAGACUCCAGGACUGUAAUACAUGUGCCUGUUGGCUAACCUCUGUGCUUUUUCAACAAACAAAAUAUUUCCUUACUGCUUCA